AUGAGCUCUGCACACCAACUGCGAGUCCUGAAGCUGUACCGCCACAGCCUCAAGAACCUGCUGUCAUGGACCGUGGACCGUGGCAUGUAUCGCCAAAAGGCCAUGGAACUGCGUGCACGAUUCGAAGCCACCCGCUUUGAGAAGAACAUUGUCAAGGCCACCCAGCUCGUGGAGGCUGGCGAGGCUGAGCUGGAUGAGAUUAAGCACCCCAACCCCUAUGUCGGCCGCCGCCUGAACCCCGCCUGGCCCGCUCACUCUGUUUCCCCUUGGGUCUUCCUGUGCGCCAAUGGUCAUGCUGUCGCCUUUCGCAGCCCCCACAUCAUUGGACGGUACCAAAUGGGAGCGUAA